AUGACAAAUGGAAGACCUAAGACCCAGACGUUCUGCGGGUUCGAGGAUCCAGGCAUGUGCGGGUUCGAGCAGGACAACACCACGGACCAGUUCGACUGGACUCGCAUCCAGUGGCGCACUCCCUCAGCCAACACUGGACCGGAAGCGGACCACACGUGCGGCGAUAGUAACGGCUACUUCAUGUACAUUGAGGCGAGCGGUCGCUCCAAGGGUCACGCCGCCCGGAUGUGGUCUCCCCGGUACCGCGGCCUCCAGCCCCAGUGUAUCGAGUUUUACUAUCACAUGUACGGGCGUCAGACCGGCACUCUCACUGUUGUGGCCAAGAACUACCUUGUCUGUGCCCUAUAUCUGCACUCGCGCAGUGUGGCCAAGAACUACCUUGUCUGUGCCCUAUAUCUGCACUCGCGCAGUGUGGCCAAGAACUACCUUCUUUUGACCAGUGAAGAGAACGUGGCGUUAUGGCGCGUGUUCGGUAACCAAGGCAACUUGUGGAUCAAAGCAAGCAUCGCGGUAUCCGAGGAGACGGCCCGCUCCGGCUACCAGUUGAUCUUCGAGGCGGUCACCGAUCUCGGUUACGAGGGCGACAUUUCCAUCGACGACUUCAGCAUCCGGGACGGCGCGUGCGCAGUAAACACGGCGUCCCUGGAGGUGACGCCGCCGCCGCUGACGGACGCCGGAAAGUCUAAACUGCUUCAGGAUCAGGUUGAAAGAUAUCGUAAAAUUUUAAGGCGUCGGCAGAGGCUGCGGAACCGGCUGCAUGGAAAGACGUCUGACAACGACGAAGGGGAUGAUGACGAUGGGGCGCGUUGA